UGGACGAUUCCGGCAAAUAGCGUCAAACCUGGGUUAAAACCCUCAACUGCACUCAAAAACACUAUAAGUAUCUUUGUUGUUUAUCUCUCCUACGCUCAAAUAUAUAUUUGUAGCUAAUAUUUAUAUAUUUAGCUAUAUAUUUAGCUUUAGGUUAACUGGUUAACUCGAGCUAACCGUGAAUUGUGUAACCGAAUCUGUAUGGAUUAGCAAUACAAGUAAGAUUUUCGAACGCAGCUUAACAAGGAUUACGUAUAAGGGAGGUAGAUCAAGGUAGAUCUGAAUAUUCUGUCUUCAUGGUGCGUGCAUGUGUUAUAUUUUUGAGAUGACGAAACUGCUUGAGUGGCUGUCAUGUGCGAUUGUGAUUUUUGGUGCAUGGUUUGCCACACUUACAAGCGAUUCUACUUUUAUCAAAGAAUGGCAUGAAAUUAUACUCUUUUUUCCAAUUAUUUUCUUAUUUUUCUUUGGAUUAUACGCAGCUAUUGUCAUUUUGUAUAGAGUAUUCACUUUUAACACCUGUGAAAGUGCUGCCAUGGAACUUCAGCAACAAAUAGAAGAAGCUAAAAAGGAUCUUCAGAGCAAAAAUAUAAUGUUACGAGGGACUGAUGUUUCUUCAACUUCUUGAAAUUGCUAUAAAUAUAAAUUUUAAGAAAGACAUUAAUAAUAAGACUUUUCUAGUUUGUAUAUUUGAAUAUAUGAUUUUUGUACACAUAAACAUUUUUGAAGUUUUAUAUUGA